AUGUCAUCCAAUAUAUCCAACCAAGCUUACCAGCAGCAGCAACAACAUAAUUUGCAGCAGUUGCAGAACCUGGAGAAUAACUACAACAACUAUCAACAAUCAAAAUCUUUUACUAGUUCAGAUAGUCGAAACAGAGUCAUUGCGGAAGUAUUGAAUCCAAACUCCAACGGCGCUCAAAUUUCAGAAGGUCAACAAGCCCAGUACCAACAACCAAAUAAUUUGAACCCUCGUACUGAUUCAUUCAAUUCAAAUGUGCAACAACAACAGAUACAACCAAGAGCUCAACAUCAACACUCACAAUCAAGAAAUAUCACUGCUUUAGCUCCAAAUCAAAGCCAUUCCACUGGAAACGAUCCAAGGUUGCCUUUCACUGUUCAAGUUCCAACAAAAGCUAAUCCAACAGAGGUUCUUGCUUCGAGAUUUGCUGCUUGGAGGAGUAUAAUUACUUCUUUGUUACAAUAUUUGACAGAAAUUGUUAGCAUUCAAGAUGAAGUUGUUCGCCAACAAAUCAGGCUAUCUCAUGCUGUGAACUUUACCGCUUUUCAAGAGAAAAAAUCUCAAGCACAACCUGGUUCUGGAGGACAACAACAUGGCGAUGAGACUAUACAUCAAAACUUCUUCUUACCUGCUGGAAAUGGUUCUAUUCACGAUUUACCAAACAUUUUAAUCAAUUACCAUUCAAGUGCUGCCAAUUUAGCUUCAAAAUCUUCAAAAGAACUAAACUCCAAUGUUAUCCCAAGAUUAGAUGAUUUGAGAAGAGAAUUGUUGGUUAAAAUUAAAGAAAUCAAAAGUUUAAGUUCAGAUUUCAAAAACAAUGUCGUUAAAGAAGUUGGUCAAACUAAAAUUGAUUUGCAACACUUUAUAAAAUCAGUCGAAGAAGCAAAAUAUAGUGCACAUAAUGUUCAACCUAAGAAUGAUCCUUACUUAACCAAAAUUACAUUGGAAAAACAAUUGAAAAGACAAUUAGUUGAAGAAAAUUAUUUACAUGAAGCUUAUAUUAAUUUACAAAGUUCUGGUAAAGAAUUGGAAAAAGUUGUUGUUGCUGAGGUUCAAAAUGCUUUAACCGUGUAUGCUAAAUUGUUCGGUGAACAAGCUCAAAAUGUUUUUGAUAAAUUGAUUUCUAAUCUAGAUUAUGGAUUUUUAACAAAACAACCUUCUUUUGAAUGGGAUCAAUUUGUUGCUAAGGAUAAAAAUUUUAUUGAUGAGAACUUACCAAAAAGAGAUUACAAAGCUAUUCAAUAUGAUAAGAUGAAUGAUCCUUUAACUUAUGAAGUUCGCUCCUCAUUUUUGGAAAGAAGAUCAAAAUUUCUUAAAUCUUACUCAAGAGGUUAUUAUGUAUUGACUGCAACUUUUCUACAUGAAUUCAAGACUGCUGAUCGUAAGAAAGAUCUGUUACCAGUGAUGUCUUUACCUUUGGAUGAUAUUGAAUUGGAGGAACAUUCUAAAAAAGAGACAAACCAAUACAAAUUUGUUUUGAAAAAGGUCGGGAAAUUAUCAUCUCAUAAGUUUAUUUUCCGUGCUGAAAGUUAUGAUUUGAUGCUUGCUUGGUAUAAUGAUAUCAAAAACUUGAAAAAUUUAUCAAGUCCAACAAGUAGAGGUGUUUAUGCCUCAAAACAUCAUACUGCUAAAAGUCAAAUUUCAAGA